AUGUCCGCCGUAGGUUCUAGAACUCGUUUUCCAGUUGUUUCGGUGCAAGCGGGGGACCGAAGAAGAGACGAUCAUCCAUCAAUUGUCAAGAUAUCAAUGGAAAAGCAGAAGAAGCUGGCAGGUUUUCUUGUGUGUUUUGAUUUAAUCAGAGAAAUCAACAACAAGAAGCAGCGAAUGGUGCGAUGCAAAGCUUGUUAUGAGGUGCAUGAAGCUCCAGUAGUAGAUGGUGUGAAAUUGGAUAUCGAAACCUGUCGUGCUGAUUAUUCAGAGAUGUUUGAUAUCAUCUACUAUAUUCUUUCGCCGGAGCAAUGUAAGAUCAAAUACCCUGAGCUUUUUUAUGAUGAUAAACUGCCGUUUUGGUUCCCUGACUUUAAAGCAUGCCGCUGCAUCGGCGGAGGUGCUACUUUACGAGUGGACGCACACAAAAAUAAACUUUAUGCAAGCCUAGCGAAAUUUGCUAUCGAUGAGUACAACAAGCAUGAGAAUGCAUCUCUUGAGUAUGUGAGGGUGGACGGAGCCUACUUUAGUAUAGUUUCAGGGCUAAAUCAACAUGUAUUUAUCGAAGCAAGAGAUGCUGCUGCUGGAGGGGAAAAGAAGCUAUAUCGUGCUAAAAUUUAUUUGAAUCUCACAGGCCAAACUCAGUUGUCGCUGUUUAAGCCUGUCGAAAGACCAUCGGAGCAAUCCUGCAAGGUUAUUCUCCAACUUGCUUGUGUUUGUGCUUUUUUCACUGUUAGGCCCAGCUUCCUUUCCUCUCUCUUCUCUUCAUGCGCAAUUAAUUUCAUCUCUUAG